CUUCCCUCCCCUCCUGCUCACUCGGCACGCAAUACAGCAGAAAGAAUGACAAAAGCGCAAGGCUCAACGGAGAACGUCCUAGUGACGGUGCGCUGUCGGCCGUUCUCGCAAAAGGAGCUCGCCGCAGGCCACAAGAAGAUCGUCACCAUCGACUCGAAAGUUGCCUCUGUAAAUAUCAAUGAUCCAAGAGGCAGAGACGAACCUAAACAGUUCACGUUCGAUGCCGCGUUCGAUGAGGAUUGCACUCAGCAACAAGUUUACGACUCUACGGCAAGGAUUAUCGUCGAUGCCGUCCUCGAUGGAUUCAAUGGGACCGUAUUCUGUUAUGGCCAAACGGGAACGGGCAAGACCUUCUCCAUGCAAGGCAUCAGCGACGUCCCCGAGCUCCGCGGUAUCAUCCCCCAGGCAUUCCACCACAUCUUCUCCCACAUCGCGCACCGAUCGGCCGAGAAAAAGUUCCUUGUCCGCGUAUCCUUUCUGGAAAUCUACAAUGAAGACAUCAAGGAUCUGCUCAUUAAGCAGAAAGUCCAUGGCGCGACAAAGACGCCCGGGCUGGAAUUGAAGGAGCAUCCGGAAACGGGAGUGUAUGUGAAGGAUCUGGGAACCCAUGUGGUCAAGAACGUUCCGGAGAUGGAGGCGUUGAUGGCGCUGGGAAAUAAGAAUCGGUCGGUGGGAGCCACCCUCAUGAACGAAAACUCGUCACGUUCGCAUUCCAUCUUUACCGUCACGGUCGAAAGCUCUGAGCCGGGACCUGACGGGAAGGAUCGUAUCGUCGCGGGCAAGCUGCAUUUGGUGGAUCUUGCUGGAAGCGAGCGGCAGAGCAAAACGGGAGCAACCGGCGACCGACUGCAUGAAGCCACGAGAAUCAAUCUGAGUCUGAGUGCCUUGGGAAACUGUAUUGGAGCAUUGGUGGAUGGCAGAAGCACGCAUAUCCCCUACAGAGACUCCAAGUUGACCCGGCUACUGCAAGAUUCCCUAGGAGGGAACGCAAAAACCCUGAUGAUCGCAACCCUUUCCCCCGCCUCCUACAACUUCGACGAAACAAUCUCCACCCUCCGGUACGCGAACCGCGCCAAGAACAUCAAGAACAAGCCCAAGGUCAACGAGGACCCGAAAGACGCGAUGCUCAAACAAUGCCAGGAAGAGAUCGAGAAAUUGAAAAUGGCGUUGGCAGCGAGACAACGAGGUGCGGAUGCUGGGGAAGGCGGGGCCCCCCAGCCCAGGAUAAUUACAAAGAUUGUGAAAAAAAGGGUGGUGAAGAAAGUGCCGCGGAUCAUUCAGAGAGCUGCUUCUGUGCAUCUCGAAGGGGAGGUCCCGCCUGAUGAGGUGGGCGAGGAGGGGGAGGAAAGUGAAGAUGAGGAAGAAGGAGUUGAGAACGACGUUGUGGUCGAAACGUCGACAGAUCCAAACACGGUGGCGGAUUCUGAGAACCCACUCGCCGGGCUGGAUCCGGAAACGAUUCGGAAAUUGGAGGAGCAGGUGGAAGCAGAGAAGCGGGCCUUACUAGCAUCCAAGGACAUGCUGACCUCUGACAAGGAGCGGAUCGCCGCCGAGCUCGAACAACGGGCCAACGAGCUCGAAGCGGAGCGAACGAUGCGCGAAACGCUCGCGACCAAACUACGGGCGUUAGAAACGCAACUCAUCAUCGGCGGUGGCGAGGAAGGGAGCGACUCCGACCAAGUGCCCGACGUCGGCGAGUUCCUCCAACGCAUCGAGCACCAAGAGCUCCAACUAGCCGAAACCCAGUCCCGCCUGCAAGCACAAGCCCUGCGCGAGCACCAGCUCCAACAGCAGCUCGAGGCGCGGCAGGACCUGCACCUCCAGAUGGAAGAGCACUACGCGUCGUUGCAGGAGGAGGUGGACAUCAAGACCAAGAAGCUUGGGAAGCUGUUUACCCGGUUACAGGCCGCCAAAUCAGAGAUCAACGACCUCGAGGACGAGUUUCGUGCCGAGCGCGAGGAUUUCCUCGACACGAUUCGUGAACUCACCCGGGAGCUGUCUCUCAAAACCGCGCUCAUUGAGAAUUUUGUCCCCGUGGAUGAUCGCAAGAAAGUCGAGGCGGGCGCCGUGUUUGAUGAUGAGACGGAUGAGUGGUUUGUGAGUGGCGUCAUCGAUAGGCAUCUGGUGAAGAGGGUGGAGCGUCCGAGAAGUUUGGGGAGUGCGGUGAAGAGGCCUAUUUGCAGAUAUGCGAGGAUGAUGGUGUCGCUGGGCGACCCGAAUCCCAGGUGGAGGAUCGAUAACGUCUUAACGUUAAAGCUGGAUAUGCCCGCGAAAACAACCAUCUCGCCCACCCCAACACGCAACACGUCGCCAUUGAAAGGUGCGCUCGACUCCGCGCUCGAAGCCGAAGACGAAUGGGAAGAAAUCACCGUAGCGGAAACCGACUUUGCGGGAUACAGGCAACGGACGGCUGCGGCGAAUCAGUCGAGGCGGAGGGCCCAGAAGGCAUAGCGGACUUGAGUUCCGCCUGAAUCUGACACCCCACGAAAUAUUCUUUUUGGUUUGGGCAACGAGACUCUACUUUUUGUAUAUUGUUGGAAACGUAACAGAAUAAGCACAUAUAUGCA